AACAAGAUGAAAAGAGGCAUGUUGUAAAUAAACUUAGAACUGUGGAUUGACUAUAUUGUUUGUCUUUAGGUGCAUACAAGGCCAUGGGAAUGUCCAAUCUGACAGGACUUUCUGAAUUUAUCCUCCUGGGACUCUCGUCUCGGCCUGAGGACCAGAAGCCACUCUUUGCCCUCUUUCUUGUCAUAUACUUGGUCACCUUGGUGGGAAACAUGCUCAUCAUCUCAGCUAUCCGCUCUGAUCCUCGACUACAAAACCCUAUGUACUUCUUCCUAAGCAUCUUGUCUUUUGCUGAUAUGUGCUACACUACAGUCAUAGUCCCCAAGAUGCUGGUGAACUUCUUAUCAGAGACAAAGACCAUAUCCUAUGCUGAAUGUCUGGCACAAAUGUAUUUCUUCCUGGUCUUUGGAAACAUAGACAGUUAUCUCUUGGCAGCUAUGGCCAUCGAUCGCUAUGUAGCUAUUUGUAACCCCUUUCAUUAUGUCACUGUUAUGAGCCACAGGUGCUGUGCCUCCCUCCUGGCCUUCUCCAUCACUUUGUCCUGUCUCCACUCCCUCCUACACGUCCUCCUGGUGAAUCAGCUCACUUUUUGUGCAUCAAAUGUUAUCCAUCACUUUUUUUGUGAUGUCAACCCUGUUCUGAAACUGUCCUGCUCUUCCACCCUUGUCAAUGAAAUUGUGGCCAUGACAGAAGGGCUGGCCUCUGUGAUGGCUCCAUUUGUCUGCAUCAUCAUCUCUUACCUGAGAAUCCUGAUUUCUGUUCUCAAGAUUCCUUCCGCAGCUGGAAAACGCAAAGCAUUCUCCACCUGCAGCUCCCAUCUCACUGUGGUGGCCUUCUUUUAUGGAAGUAUCACCUAUGUAUACUUUCAGCCCUUGUCCAAUUAUACUGUCAAGGACCGAAUAGCAACAAUCAACUACACUGUGUUGACAUCAAUGUUCAACCCAUUUAUCUACAGUUUAAGGAACAAAGACAUGAAACAGGGCUUAGAGAAAUUGUUAAACAAGAUUAAGUUUCAAAUGACCAUAUGUUCUUCUGCAAAGGCCAAUAAAACCUGUGGACCCUGAUUUGCAAGGU